AUGGCUGAGGAGCAGUCUGGGUCUGCAGAGACAAUUUUAAACGACCCAGAUCAUGGUCACAUUUCAAUACAUCCGCUGUGUGUGAACAUCAUGGACACACCGGAAUUCCAGAGACUGCGCUUUAUCAAACAGCUGGGCCCUGUAUACUUCGUGUACCCCGGGGCCGCUCAAAACAUAUUUGAGCAUUCACUAGGCGUUUGUCAUCUUGCUGGUCGCCUUGUGAAGACACUGCAGAAUAAUCAGCCUGAACUUGAAAUAACCGAUGCUGAUGUUCUCUGUCUCGAGAUUGCUGGAUUAUGUCAUGAUUUGGGUCAUGGACCUUUUUCACAUCUGUUUCAAUAUAGUUUUCUCCCGAAGAUGUGGCCAGAUUUGAAAUGGACGCAUGAGGAAAAUUCAGUCAAGAUGUUUGACUACCUGAUAACAAAGAAUAAUUUGAUAAAAUAUUUUGAAGAAUAUCAUAUUUCCGAGAGAGACAGAGAAUUCAUUAGAGAAAUCAUUGCCCGACCUGAUGUUGCAUCAAUGAAAUCGACAAGGCCAGAAAAAUAUCCAAACGAACGAAAAAUGUUUCUUUAUAAGAUUGUUUCAAAUAAAAGAAAUGGUAUCGAUGUUGACAAAUGGGACUAUUUGCACGGGAUUGUCUAAUGCUGGGAAUUCGCAAAACAUUUGAAUACAAACGUUGCUUGAAGUUUGUACGUGCUAUUAAAGUUGACGGCCAAUUGCAGAUUUGUUUUCGAGACAAGGAAAACGGAAACUUUUAUGACAUGUUCGCAAUGCGUGCAAAACUUCAUCGAAAGGCAUAUAAACACAAAACAUCGUACAUCAUUGGUGAAAUGAUCGUGGAAGCGUUGGUGAAAGCAAAUGACCACGUCACAUUUGAAGGAAUAGAUGG